AUGUCAAUUUCGAGAUAUUUUGCUAGUCGUUUAGCGGUCGAUAGAGAAAAAAAGCGGCGGCGCCGGAGGGGAGGAGAAGCGAUGCCAUGGGAACAGGAUUGUCGUGUGUCGGACAACGCAUGCGAGCAAUUGCGUCAGUGUCAAGUUGACAGCGCGGCCAUUGUGCCUCCCGUGGCCGAUAUACGAUCGUCGCGCGGUCGUAGCGACCGUGCACCUGAUUUAUCGACGUCCCGCAAACCUCAACGAAGGGCCCUGCUGUCGCCGCCCGAAUAA